AUGGCUCCAAAAUGUCAUGAAGAAACUCCAUCGUAUGACAUAUCUGAUUACGAAGAUUCCAGUUUCCAAGAAAUAUUUGAGGUCUCGUUAUUGGACGAGCAACCGUCACCUCAAUCAUAUGUAGCAGCAGUUCUAAAAAUCGAUGAUUCACAAACAGAACUUCGGAUUUCGAAAUAUCCAAACUUGAGAGUUCCCUGUUUUUGGAGUGAAAUUCAACAUAUCGAGGAAUCCGAAGAAAGUUCUGAUUCGAGAGUUAUCGUCACAGUGUUGUACACUAUUCACGGAGCCGAUGAUGGUCAAUUAGAUCAAGCGUAUCAUGAAUAUGUUUGUGAAGUUGUGAGUUAUAACUUUAUUGAUCAGUUAAAACAAAAAACUGAAGCAGAUGGCAAAAUUUGGGUAGAUGAAGACUGGUAUUCUUUGUAA